AAAUACUCUACUUUUCUUGAACCGACCUUGCUAUUUGAGCUCUUGAUAUCAUAAUUAUUGAUGAUAUGUUUUUUUUAAGUUGCUAUACCUGCUAAGAAGAAGAAAGAGCAAAAACCAUACGUUGGAAUUGUUUCACACAGCCUUCUUCUCCAAUACAAGUUUAAAGACUGUGCAGAACAAACUUUUCCUUUAUUGUCGUGUAUGACAUAAAGUGGCGACUUGCAUUAUGGUUUAAUACUUUAGUUGUGCAUUCCUAAUCACCAAUGCCAACUCUAGAUUUUGCAGAAAACCGGAAAUGAAUUUCUUAUCGUAGGUUGGUUCUUUCUUGGGCUGGCCGGAAUGGCAAGCGGGUCGGACUGUGAGCUUGGUGCGGAAAGCGAGCGCUUCGACGCCGAUGUCAGCGAGUCGGAAAGCUCCACCACUAGCACUAGCUUUUCCUGCGACCGCCAGGCCCCUUCCUCCUCUCUUUUCUCCACUUUACGCGGCCCAGGCGGGAAUUCGCCGCCACUGGCCCCGAUCAUGUUGCCGGAGGUCUUCGGUGGAAGACACGUCAUCAUCCCCGCACUGAAGCCCCACAAACCCGAAACUGAAAUGUCAGAAGUUGAAUUGAUGAAGGAUCGAUUUGCAAAGCUGUUGUUAGGGGAAGAUAUGUCUGGUGGGAGACAGGGAGUGUGCACUGCUCUUGCUAUGUCUAAUGCCAUUACAAAUCUUGCAGCAACCGUGUUUGGUGAGCUCUGGAAACUGGAGCCUUUAGCACCUCAGAAGAUAUCAAUGUGGGGCCGGGAGAUGGAAUGGCUUCUCUCCGUGAGUGAUUCCAUAGUGGAGCUUGUUCCUUCAAUGCAGGAAUCUCCAAAUGGCGGUGGAACCAUUGAGGUUAUGGUGCCUCGACCACGCUCAGAUCUGUACAUCAAUCUCCCAGCACUAAAAAAACUAGAUGCAAUUCUUAUAAACAUCUUGGACGGCUUUCGCGACUCUGAAUUUAGUUAUGUUGAACAACAGAUUGAAACAUGCCCUCGUUCUUUAUCUACACACAGGCCUUCAGUUAGGCUUGAAGAGGAUGGCUGGUUGUUACCGCUCCCGAAAGUUCCACCAAAUGGUUUGUCUGACAAAACAAGAAACCAGUUGCUUCAAUGUAGGGAAUGCACGAGCCAAAUCUUCAAGGCUGCUUUGGCAAUAAAUACCACUGUCCUUUUUGUGAUGGAAGUGCCAAAAGUUUACUUGGAGAGCUUACCCAAGAGUGGAAAACAGUGUUUAGGUGAAAUACUGUACGCUGACAUUACUAGUGGCCAAUUGUCCUCGGAGUGCCUUCUGGAUUAUUUGGACCUCUCAUCAGAGUAUACAGCUUUAGAAAUAGCCAAUAGAGUUGAGGCUGCUAUGCAUAUCUGGAGGCAAAAACACCACCAGAAGAAGAAGCAACGCAAUCCAGUUUCCAAAAGUCGGUGGGGAGAAACGAUGAAGGGCCUGAUUGGUAAUAAUAAUUAUGAUAAUAAAGAAAGGGAUAAAGUGUUGUCAGAACGAGCUGAGGCCAUCCUUAGGAGCAUGAAGCUAACUUUACCUGGGCUCCGCCAAACUACAUUGGAUAUUCAAAAGAUUCAAUAUAACAGGGUUAGUAGUCUUUAUAAGUUAAUUAAUGCAUUUAGGGCUAACCCCCAUCUUAUUUGUAUUUAAAUAGCUAUUUCAAUGAUCGUUGUUACCAAAAGACGGUGACCAGCCAGGCUCUAUAUAUAAGAUCUAUUCUUUCUUAUGUAGGAUGUCGGGCAAUCGAUCCUUGAGAGCUAUUCUAGGGUGUUGGAGAGCAUAUCAUUCAAUCUGAUGGCAAGGAUAGAUGAUAUGUUGUACAUAGAUGAUGUCACCAGACGGCGUGCUGUUGUAGAGUUCAGCCGGAGAGGACGUUAUCUGCAGAGACAUGCUUCUUCUAGCUCGGUUUCAUACCAACGAAAACCUUGUGUGCCGUUACGUACAGGCAAAGCAUCAUCAUUAAUUAGGUGAUAGUCUAUAACCAAAGCGUUUUUCCCCUCUUCCUAGAGAAAAGCAUAUAAUAUCUUUAACAUUUUCUGAUUUUGUACAAAUUUUCUGUUAAGAGUGGUUCCCUUAGGCUGAAUUUUCAAAUUUGACCAGGUUUAGUUAAGUGUGGUCAAUCAUAAGAAUAUGCAACACGCAAUUUAUUCUGGGACAAGAUCCUCUAAUUCCAAGUUUCCAAUUCAACACAUAUAUUCCCAUCAGAUAGAUAUUACAAUGUUUCCAUGCGU